UCAGUUGGAGUCGGACAGUUAAACCGUGUGGUCGUUGAUUGCGUUGUUGCGCGCGCGUGCGUGUGUGUCACGUGUAAUUCCGUCCCAGCUUCUCGUCCUCGCUCAGAUUCAGAGCGAUUAGGUUUCUUCACAUCGCGGCAUUUAUAUCGCAAGACCGAUCAAAAUGGGCUGUGGAAUGGGAAUGAUCAAAUAUCUGCUCUUCAUAUUUAAUUUCAUCUUUGUGCUAUGUGGUCUGGCCAUUCUGGUUGUCGGCAUUUUAGUGGAAAUAGGAAACCAUAAUUAUUCGAAACAUUUGGAAGACAUUACGAAUAAUCUUAAGUUCCCGGCCAUCACACUGAUUGUCGUCGGCAGUAUUAUCUUUAUCAUCGCUUUUCUGGGAUGCUGCGGUGCGAUUCGCGAGAAUUACUGUAUGGUAGUCACGUUUGCAUGUUUGCUCUUGACAAUCCUGAUCAUACAAGUGGCAAUCUCAAUCUACGUAUUCGUCACAGUGAAGAAUUUUGACGAGAAUGACUUUAAGAAAAUAUACACGGAAAACCUCUUCUUGGCAUACAAUACAGGAAAUCAGGAGCAAAAAAGCACUGUAGAUGCCAUACAGGAGACGUUGAAGUGCUGUGGUAUUGAACAUCCUCAAGAUUUUACUACCCGUCUUGGAAUUCCUAUCCCAGGAAGUUGUUGCAGUAAGCAGGUAUCCGACAUCUGCAGUCCAUUAGAGGCUUACAAUGAAGGUUGCGUAACCACAAUAGUAAAUAUCUUCAAAUCUGCUCUUACGGUACUGGGUGGCGUUGCUCUAGGUAUUGCUGCUGCAGAGCUGAUUGGCAUCAUCUUCGCAUUAUGUCUGGCGAAUUCCGUAAAGAACGCCGAACGCAGAGGCUACAGUGUGUAAAAGUACAAUUUUGCGAAGGACAUCAUUUCGUGCGGGUGACUUUCAAUACACAACAAUCUUACCUUCAUUUUACUACUGUCAACGUAUUCGCCUAUAAAAUGUGAUAAAAUACUUGCGCUUUACAGCAAGAUAAAGUACAUUUCUUUUUUCUUUUUCUGAACGGA